UGCGUCCAGUCUACUUGAGAAACCUGGCUCCUCUGUCUUAAUGGAUUCUUUGGGGGACCCUGAUAUCAAUGACGACGAAGAAGAACAAGCUCACUAUGCUUCUGGGUCUGCAUCCAAAUUACAACCCAGGGCAGUUGUAUCCAGGGCUCGCUGGAAUGACGAGAUGGGCAUGGCUCAAGUCGUAGUUCAGAAGGGCACGUUCUCCAAGUCUACUGGAAUUGUUCGCAGUGGCAAGCUCUAUUACUCCAUUCAUGAAGUUCUGUUUUUGGUUGAAAUAGGGGCUUUAGUUCUGUUGGAUGAGACUGAUACCGUCCUUUCCUUGGAAGAUGUGUAUGUGAAGAUGUCAAGUGGAAAGUAUAGAUGCUGUUGGGAUGAAUUUCGGGCUUAUAGGCAACUCAAAUCUCUUGGUUACAUUGUUGGGCGCCAUGGGAUUCCCUGGUCUGUGAAGAAGGCUAAGAGUGAUUGCGAAAUUAUUGCUUCCCAAGGUUGUCCUGAAAUUGAUGAGGUGGGGAAGUUGGAAUCUGAAGAGAUCGGGUCUGUCGUUGGGUUGUUCAAAGAGUUGCAGAUUAAUGAAGCAAGGCCGGUUUUUAAUGUGUAUCACCCGAACAGCAAGUUCAGGAAGUCUUGUCCUGGUGAUCCAAGCUUUGUGCUCUGUUUUACUAGGGGAUAUCCACCAUCCAGAGCAGAGCUUGAUGCUCUUGAGGAACAAUGUGGGAGCAUUCCUUUGAAGUUCUGUAAUGUGGAGCAGGGACGGGCCUUGAUCAAGGGCGCCAGGGAGAGCUGGACCUACGCCAUCUUUUGGCAGUCGUCGUACGACAUGCCGGGCGCCUCCAUGCUCGGCUGGGGCGAGGGGUUUUACAAGGACGAGAGGGACAAAGUAAAAACAAAGCCCAAAACGACAACGUCUCUGGUCGAGCAGGAGUACCGCAAGAAAGUUCUCAGGGACUUGAACUCCUUGAUUUCCGGUGCCGACACCUCAGCAGACAACGCCGUCAUCGAUCACGAGGUCACUGACGCAGAAUGGUUCUUCCUCGUUUCCAUGACCCAGAAUUUCGUCAACGGCAGCGGGUUGCCGAGUCAGGCCUUCUUCCAUUCCAACCCGGUCUGGGUCGCCAUGCAGGACCGCCUCGCCGCCUCUUCUUGCGAGCGUGCCCGCCAAGGUCAGGUGUUCGGGCUUCAGACCAUGGUCUGCGUCCCGACAACGAACGACGUCGUCGAGUUGGGCUCUGGUGGGAUUGGAGAAGUGGGUGUGGGGAGGAAGAGGAGACCAUGA